UCUGGCGGCAGGAGGGGGCAUGUGCCGGCGCGGACACACGAUCCCAGGGACCCCGCCGGGUGGAAGUUACCAAGUCCGGCUGCAGCUGCCCUGCACCGCACACGCUAGCGGGAGCCCGCCGGCUACAGGGGUCCCGGCUCCUCGUGCCUGUUGGGUCACGCCCCGCCCCAGCUGCGCGAUGGGCAGCCACAGUGGGAGGAAGGGCCUCUGGGCUCUCUGCUUCCUCCUCCUCCUCCAUGACGCUUCUGCCAAGACUUUGUGGAAGCGGGCACUGCUUGCAAGGCUGGCCCCCAAGUCCCGCGCUGAGGAGGUGGGCACUGGCGGCCUCAGGCAGCCCCGUGCUGACCGCUGCCCACCACCCCCACGAACGCUGCCUCCUGGUGCCUGCCAGGUGGCACGCUGCCAGGCCGACUCCGAGUGCCCGCGGCACCGACGCUGCUGCUACAAUGGCUGUGCCUACGCCUGCCUGGAGGCAGUGCCACCCCCGCCGGUCGUAGACUGGCUGGUGCAGCCGAAGCCACGGUGGCUUGGUGGCAACGGCUGGCUCCUGGACGGCCCUGAGGAGGUGCUGCAAGCAGAGGCCUGCAGCACCACGGAGGAUGGCGCCGAGCCGCUGCUCUGUCCCUCGGGCUACGAGUGCCACAUCCUGAGCCCAGGAGAUGCGGCCAAGGGCAUCCCCAACCGUGGGCAGUGUGUCAAGCAGCGCCGGCCAGCAGAUGGGCGAUUCCUGCAACGCAAGUUUUACAACGAACACCCAGAAGGUGACUCUAAGAACGUGGCAGAGCUGGGGAAGGGUCCACUGAGGUCCUUCCAGUAAAGCGACCUCGGACAGCCUGUCCCCCAGAGCACUCCUACUUUCUGCGAAGCCUCGGAAACGACCCCCGGAAGUCACCACCUCGCUGUGCCCCAGCUCAGCAGGGC